CACUGUUUGGGGACAUGGUCUCGGGCUUAGACAAGGAAAGAGAGGGGACGGAUAACCUCGUAUUCUGCCAGUGACUCAGUUUUGUGCCGAUUUUCGAUGCGACGCCAUAUUGUUGGUCCAAUAGAACCAAACGUAUUUUGUGUGAUUAAAAGUGAAUAUUGAAUUAAAGACUGAUAUUUUAUAGUGGAAAACAAUGGUUGGUUGUGCAGCCUACGGCUGCAAUAGCAGUAGUUAUAGGAAGGAGCCGGGAAUUACGUUUCACAGAUUUCCUUUGAAAAAUGAGAAGCUACUCUCAAUUUGGGUGAGAAACAUGCAUCUUACAGAUUUUAAACCGACAGCAAGUGAUAGGCUUGGUUCAAAGCAUUUUGAACAAAAAUAUUUUUAUCGUACUGACAGCAACAAAACUUAUCUACUCGGUGAAGCCAUACCCAUUAAGUUCGAGGCAUUGCCAAAAUAUCUUCAACCAAAGUCAACACCAAAGCGAGCUACCAAAAGAAGUAGAGAAAAUAUUGAAGUACCUUCUACAUCAGCUGAAGUAAUUUCUCAAAGUCCAGAGGAAACCCCAAGAAAAAAAGGCUUCGAAGGAAAUUAUUUCAUGCAGUGCAGAAAUCCUCUAAGAAGUCCCAGAAAGUUAAGGUUCUUAAGCAAAAGGUCAAGAGGAACAUUCCAAUGUAGUUAAUAAUAUGCCAG